UGCAAUUUUAUGUUCAUUUAACUCAUUGGUCGUUCAACUUCGCUAUGAGGACAAUUUUCCUUCUUUUCUCGCUUUUCCACUACGUUAUGUCUUGGUCUGUAUCGGUGGACACCUCGAUGGAAAUACAAAAUGUUAUACCAGAUCAUCUAGAUCUCCAAAAAAUAGCUCAUCUUUAUAUCAAUAAUGAAAAAUACAAAGUACUAAAACCUGCAAUACACUCCGUAACAGAUCAUUUUCAAAAUUCGAUGAGAAGAGAGACUGAGCUACCAUCAGACAGAGUUUUCAUUGAUGGAAAUGGCUUUAGACAUUUUUGGAACGUGUUUAAGAAAAGAUCAAAAAGUCUAAGACGAGUUAUACCUGAAAGUGAAGUAGAUAUUAUUGAGGGACAAGAUAACGUUAAUGCACCUUCAAGACGUAAAGGAAAACCAAAGACUGCCAAAGCUUCUAAAGGUGCUGGUAAAGCUAAUUCUAGACCUACUAACGUCAAAGUUACUACGAAACCAAGCAAAACUACAGUGGAUGAAUCAAAAGAAGAAACCGAAGCUACUACUCGUAAAUCUAAACCAACAACAGCCAGUCCUACAACAAAAGAUGGUCCAAAAAGAAAAACACCUGGAAGAUAUAGCGUAAGAAAGAAACUACUAAACAAGAAAAAACUCGAAAAAUCAUUACGAAGUUCUAUUAUUAAACUUAUUAAAAAAGACGAACAUAAAGAUGCGACACGUGAUGGCAAAGAAACCACUUUAGUUAAAACUACGUUCUUUUGCCCGUUUUUCGGAGUGAUGACUAUGCAUUCCUAUUUAGAUGACGAUGCACCAAAACCUGCUGAAGAGAAAGUUGAUGAUAAGAAAAAAGGAAAGGAUGAGGGCAAAGAUAAAGCGAAUGAUAUUGAUAAAGAUAAAGAAAAGAAAAAGGAAGAUGAAGAAAAAAAGGAAUAAAAUAAUAAAGGC